AUGUUGAAGAGCAUGAAGCAGAAGUUCAGCGGAAAGAAGGACGCCAGCAAGAACAAGGACGACUCCCAGCCCUCGACCAGCGCCAAGGCGGGCAUUCCCGCCUCUAGCAAGGCACCGGCUCCUCGCCCUGUCUCAGCUACUCGGGAGAAGCCGCCGCUCCCGGUCAUCAACGAGCAGACGCUCUACCAGUACUAUGCGGAACCCUUGCCCACCUUUCGGGAUGUCUCCCCAGCGGAGAAGCAGUAUCUCUUUGUGCAGAAGCUGCAUUUGUGCAGCUUUGGGUUCGACUUCGCGGACCCUACCAAGCACGUCCGCGAGAAGGAAAUCAAGCGGCAAACGCUUUUAGAGCUGGUGGACUAUGCCAACUCUGGGGCAGGGAAAUUUACGGAGGGCGUCUCGGAGGACAUUAUCUAUAUGCUCAGUAACAACCUUUUCAGGACGCUCCCACCCGUGCGGUCCCAUGGCGACGCGGAGGGCAACUAUGACGCAGAGGAGGAGGAGCCUAGCCUGGAUCCGGCAUGGCCGCACCUUCAGAUCGUGUACGAGUUUCUCCUCCGCUACGUUGUGUCAAAUGACACUGAUGCGAAGAUUGCGAAAAAGUACAUUGACCAGCAGUUUGUGCUUAAGUUGCUGGAGCUCUUCGACUCGGAGGACCCCCGGGAACGCGACUACCUAAAAACGAUCCUGCACCGCAUAUAUGGCAAGUUCAUGGUGCACCGGCCUUUCAUCCGCAAGGCCAUCAACAAUGUCUUCUACCGCUUUAUCUUUGAGACGGAGCGGCAUAACGGAGUCGCUGAGUUGCUCGAAAUUUUGGGCAGCAUUAUCAACGGCUUUGCGCUGCCGCUAAAGGAGGAGCAUAAACUGUUUCUGCAGCGGGCGCUGAUGCCGUUGCACAAGCCCAAGUGCGUGGCCAUGUACCACCAGCAGCUGGCGUAUUGCGUGACACAGUUUGUCGAGAAAGACUCGAAGCUGGCAGAGCCGGUGCUCACGGCGCUCUUGAAGUACUGGCCUGUGACAAACAGUCAGAAGGAGGUGCUGUUCCUCGGGGAGCUGGAGGAGAUAUUGGAACUGACGCAGGCAGCUGAGUUCCAGAAGGUCAUGAUCCCACUUUUCAAACAGUUGGCAAAAUGCUUAAACAGCCAGCACUUCCAGGUCGCGGAGCGCUCCUUGUUUCUAUGGAACAACGAGUACAUCGUGAACCUGGUGGCGCAGCAUCGCCACCAGCUAUUGCCAAUCCUGUUCCCGGCACUGGAGGAGAACACGAACAGCCACUGGAACCCCGCGGUGCACGGGCUCACGUGCAAUGUGCGCAAGAUGUUCCAGGAGCUUGACGAGCAGUUGUACGAAGAGUGCAAACGCAAGUACGAGGAGGAGCAGGCGUCGGAACGGCAGGCUAUGGAGAACCGGGACAGGAAAUGGGAGUACCUCCAAAAGUUGGCGCUUCAGAAGAGCAAUGGCCGGCCGCUGCCGGAAGUCAAGCCGCUUUCGGCGCUACUCAGGGUUUGAGACAGGGUAGGGCAGCUUGCUGGCAAAUAUUGCAAGCGCAGCAGCAGCUUACGGCGGCGCACCUUGGGACGUUGUGGUUUGCCUGCAGCGCGGCCGUGCGCAUUCAGUAACUGUCAUAAACGCCUGUGAGCCGCGCGCGAUUACCCGAUGGUGCGCAAUUCGCACACUGGGGACGCUCGGGUGCCGUGUCAGAGCCGUUUGGCUAGCUCCUGGUAUUUACUCUUGGGGGUCGAGCUUGUUGUGAGGAUGUAAUGAAUGGUGCAGUGCCUCGGAGACCCAGGUGGCUGGCCACGUGAGCCCGUAGGCCGCGUGUGCAAGUAGGUCGUUAGGGUUUGAUGGUCCCCGCUGUGCAGGAGCUUUCAUGGGCGUUUGGUGCGCUUUCCGUCUUGGAGUGCGGGUGUGUUGCGGCGUUGCUGUCUUCCCCGCAUGGAGCUAGGUCACCAUGCGUGUACAAAUAAGGACUGAGUCGCGGCGUUUGAGCUGCAGUUACGGGUUUGUGCUUGAGGCGCUUGGACGGACGAGGCCACAGCGGCGAAUAGUGAUGGUGCAGUGUUAACGCUGUAUGACAACCGUUUUUAGUCAGGGGCAUGCGAGGUGCAUUUCAUGAUGCACCGCAUAUCGGAUUUUACACGACAUGGGGACGGGUAGAGUAGGGUGCCGUUGAGUUUUAAGAGGAUGCGCUGGGCCUGUGGAUAAUCACAUGUCGCGAAUGCGCGCUACCCAUGGUGGGGGGAGUUGGUGCCCUAUCUGUGUUCUGCCGCUGGUGUGACACUCCGCUGGUGGAAGGAAAGACUGAACCGUUGGCUGCAUCUGACUUUUGGGUGUGUGUGGACCUGUCGAGCUUCCAUCGCAGCGGCCUCUUGCCUGGGUCGGAAGGUUUUGCGCAUCGCCGGUGAAGGGGCGCCGACACGCCUCUGCUCUAUGCAUGAGAAGCCCAGCUCUUUAGCUGCGCCAUGUCACGAUGUGCUGAGCGGGCUUCUAAUUCAAAUGCUCUUGUG